UCUACCCUCCAUAUGGACAUCCAAACUUUCAACUUCGUUCGGAUGUUAUUAGUUUGUUCUCCAAUACCAUUCCAUUUCUAUGGAAGGAUUGAUGAGAAUCCUCACUCACAUGUUGCACAAUUCAUAGAGAAUGUUGGAAAUUUUAAAUAUGCAGGCGUAAAUAUGGAGACGAUCCAGAUGAUGUUAUUUGUUCAUACAUUGAAGAAUAAGGCAAGGGAAUGGCUUGAGACUCUACCGCCCGGAAGUAUAAAUAGUUGGUUGGAAUUUAUUCAAAAAUUCACAACCAAAUUCUUUCCACCACCCGAGUAGCCAAACUCAAGCAUGACAUAACCACUUUCCAACAAUCCGAAUUUGAGAGCUUUCAUGAGGCUUGGGAGAGGUUCAAGGAUAUGCUUCGAAAAUGUCCAAAUCAUGAAAUCACAAUGGGUCAACAAGUGAAUUAUUUUUAUGCCCGGUUGACUCCUUUUUGCCGUUCAAAUGUGGAUUCAUCAUCUAAUGGCUCAAUCAAGAAGAAGAGUAUUUGAGAAGCAUAGGUCAUGAGUGAACAAAGUUCUAUCUAGCCGGAUAGAGGUUCACAAAGAGGGGUUCGUGGAGUUCAAGAUGGUGAAGCUUUCUCAAUGGUAAAAGCAAAGAUCGACUCACUAGUAAAGAAGGUAGAAGGACUUUCUACAUCUACCUCGAGCUCUCAUUCCGCUCAUAUGGUACAAUCUUCACCUAUUUGUGAUAUUUGUGGAGCAAACCACCCAAGCUCGAGUUGUCCAUUGAUAGGUAGUGGUUCAGCAUCUACUGAGCAAAUGACAUAUACUCAAAACUUUUAACGCCAAGGGUACAAUCCUUAUUCGCAAACUUAUAACCCUGGCUGGCGAAAUCAUCCGAACUUUUCUUAUGGAAAUAAUCAAAAUGUACUCAACUCGAAGCCAUAAGAGAAAAAAGAAGGUUGGGAAAAGGCCAUUGCUAAGUUGGCAAACCAUCAAUUAUAAUAUCAAGAGCGCAAUGAUGCCUCUUUGAAAAACUUAGAACGUCAAGUGGGUCAAAUUGCCAAGCUUAUCUCCAAAAGGCAACAGGGGGCAUUGCCUAGCAACACCGAAACAAAUCCAAGGGAGAAUGUACAAGCUAUUACCACUAGAAGUGGGGUGCAACUGCCCGAAAUCAUAGGACACGCCUUAAGGGUCAAACCGAAAGGCACCCAUUGAGGAAGAAAGGAUUAUGCAAGAACCUGAUCCAAAGGAUGAGACACUAAUUGAAGAAGAACCGGAGCCAUCAACAUCAAAGGCUCUGAUACAGGUCAAAGCCUAUGUGCCUCCUAUUUCCUUCCCACAAAGGCUUCACAAACAGAAAUUGGAUGCUCAACUCGGAAAAUUUUUGGAGGUAUUCAAGAAGCUACACAUAAACAUUCUGUUUGCCGAUACAUUAGCUCAAAUGUUGAGUUAUGCCAAAUUUAUGAAGGACAUUCUUUCAAACAAAAGGAAACUCGAAGAACAUGAGACAGUAAUGCUAACGGAAGAGUGUAGUGCUAUCCUUCAAAAGAAGUUAGUACCGAAAAUCAAAGAUCCGGGGAGUUUUACUAUUGAAGCUGAGAUUGGGAGAAGCCAAGGCCACCACUGUAUCAUUACAAUUGGCUGAUCGAUCAAUUAAAUAUCAUCGGGGUGUCAUUGAGGAUGUAUUGGUCAAGAUGGACAAAUUCAUAUUUUCAGCUGAUUUCAUAAUUCUUGACAUGAAAGAGGAUCAUGACAUCCCUAUCAUUUUAGGACGACCGUUUCUUGCCACAGGCCGAGCUUUGAUUGAUGUGCAAGAGGGGCAGCUCAUUCUAAGAGUCCAAGAUGAAAAAGUUAUAUUCAAUAUCUUGAAGGCCAUCAAGUAUCCAUCAUAAUCUAAUUCAUGCCUUCGAGUGGAUAUUGUUGAUCACGUGGUUACCGAGUCUUUUUACAGGCUUUCUAAGGAUCUUCUAGAAACAUGUCUUGUUUGUCCUUCGGCUAUCAAAGAGGAAGAUCCUGAAGUUGAGCAUAUGAUACACUAUUUGGAGGCUACACAUUCUCGGUCUUAUAAGAGAGCACCAAAUUAUGAGAACUUGGAAAAGAGCUUUUCACCACCACUGCCAUCUCUUCAGCAGGCAUCUAUACUUGAUUUGAAGCCUCUUCCAUCUCAUUUGAGGUAUGCUUAUUUGGGAAAGUCAUCUAUGCUUCCGGUUAUCAUUGCUAAUUCCUUAAAUGAAUUGGAGGAAGAGAAGUUACUUCGAGUGUUAAGGGAGCACAAGGGAGCCAUUUGUUGGACUAUUGCAGACAU